GAUAACGGGCUAUAUCAAUUUCAUCUUUGUUGUGUUCCUAGUCAACAAUUACCCGUUUUUUCUCAUCCAAUGAUGGCCCUUUUUAUUAUUGUCUCAUGGUCUGUUUUGGUAAUGAAGCCAAACUUGUCAUUCACCAUCAUAACAGCUGUCGUCUUGUUUACGUUGAUUUUUUCAUUCCAUUUGAUUCUUUUCUUGUCAACGGUUAUUGUUGCCGCAUUAUUCGGUGUAUUGUUCUUUUUCGAAUUGAACACUUCGAAUGUCGAACGUGAUUUUGAGAUAUUCAAUCGUACAGAACCGAUCCGUUUCGUUAGCUGUGAUCAUCAUGCCAGACAUCACCUGACCACAAUGAUUAAUAAACACAUUCAUUUGUUAUCAAAAUUAGAGCUGAACCGUAAAUUUGUAAAUAAAUUUGAAAUUGACAAUCAGCUGAAUUCAUUGCUCGAAGUAAUCAUCAAGAAUCAUAUCCAUCCAUGGUCUAGGACAAUAUCACCUAUAAAUGAGGAAUUGUCCACCAAACUUUACAUACUUUUUCAUCAGAUAUUAACCGCUUUAAUUGGCCGAUUACGACGAGUGAAUGUAGCCGAUAUGAUUAUCAACAAAUUGGUGGACGAAGUGACCAAACAUAAACGAUUAUAUCGAAUGACCAAAAAUCAAUUAGAAUAUAAAAUCCAUACCGAACAGGAGUUUGUACAAAUGUUUUUCAAUAUCGAACGAAAAUCCGAAAAAAAUUCUUAUUCACAUGAAAAAGUUUGCCAACAAUGGCUACAAAGUUUUCAAUUUCUAUCACGAAUCUGUGAUAUUCUUCAAUAUGCUCUUUACCCACGUGAAUCAUUUGCCAAUCAAACAUUUCGUAUGUUGACCAAACAAAUUUUAUUGAAAUUGUUGCUCUUACCAUUGAUCGAAUCAUUCUCUGAACCGGAUUUCAUCAACAGUAUUAUAAUAUCAUUUUUAAAAUCAAAUUGUCCAACAACUGAAACAUUUAUACUUGUCUUACAAUCGACCGAUGAUGUUGAUGAGCUUUAUUCUGUUUUACAAAGUGUAGAUGAAGAAAUCAUGUUGAUGCGUUCAAAAGAUCAGGAUGAUGAUGAAUGGAAAAUGAAACAACAAUUAAGCAGUUUGCUUUAUUUGAAAAAGAUUAUAUUGUCUCAUUUGAAAAAAUUUGAUGACAAUACAUCGGCAUCACCGUCCAAUAGUGACAAUAGUGGUUGUUCAAAUGGAGAGCGAAGAAAAUGUUCAUCAAAUGAAUCGUCACGAAUACCGAUAUCGUUCGAUACAGUUCUACGACAUAAUGUAGCACUUGAAUAUUUCAUUGACUACAUGACAUCAAUCAAUUCGGAAGCCUAUAUUAAUUUCUAUAUUAAUGUUCAGACAUUCAAGAUUAGCAUCGAACAAGGAUUAUUCGAAAUAUAUCUAACAUCAGUCAAUGAUUCGGUUACGAAUGAACAAUAUCAACAACUACAGAAUGAUGUUCGUGAUACGGCGUUGAACAUUUAUGAAACAUAUCUUUUACAAUCGGAAAAUUCUCCACAAUCCAAUGGUUCAUCCAGUCAGCUUAGUUUGGUCGAUCGAAACCUUUGUGAACAAUUAUAUCAGACAUUAAUGUCUGGCGAUUCGUCACAAUGGAUGAACGAUGCUCUCUUUGAUGAUAUUUUCUUUCAAGUUCGUGAUUUACUACUUCAUCAUUCGGAUUUUUUCCCAGCAUUUUGCCAGAGUAAAUAUUACCGCAAGUUAUUAGGUGAACCAGACCUAUUACGUGAUAGUUUGGAUGAUGAAUCAAAUAGUGAACAUAAUAAACAACGGAAUAAUAUUUCCACAACGAGUGAAAAUGGCCAAACGAAUGGAUUCGAUAUUGAUAUAAUCGAUACUGGUAUAUUAAAUCUUCAGGGUAAAUCAUUUAUUGGUUAUCUAAUCAAUGUGGAACGAAAGAAUGGUGAAUCAUGGACAAUAUUGCGUCGAUAUUCAGAAUUUUUUAGUUUUCAUCAAACAAUGGUCGAUAAAUGUGACCGUUAUCAUAUGAAUUUACGAAGCAUACUAUUUCUUCCUCCCAAAACGGUGCUCAGUAAUCGAAUGAAUGAGAAUUUUAUACAAUAUCGUCGAUAUAUGUUGAACGUUUAUCUGAAAAAAUUGAAUUAUAUCCAUGGCAAAUUUCAAUUUCUUCGUGAUGAUAUUGAACGUUUCAUACAGCCUGGUAAUUAUUAUUCGAAUAUUUCUUCAUCAUCAGCAUCAUCAUCGACAGCAAAAAAUCUACUCAAUCCAAUCAAAACGAUUGGUAAUGUUUUCCGUAAUCAAUCGGAAAAUCUUUUGGAUGGUUUUCAAAGACUUAGCCGAACACUUUCAUUACAGACUGAUCUGAAUCGAACCACACAACAUCAGCAACAACAACAACAACAACAACAACCGGAAAAUAAACGAGUCUUUCAAACAAAUUCACUUGGUUCGAAAAGUUCUGGUCAGAAUAUGCUCAAACAUAAUAGCGAUAGUUCCGGUGAUUUAAGUUCAAUAUUAGAUCUGUUCAAUGAUGAUGUUGAUAGCAGCCAAGCUGUGGAUAGUGAAGAGAACAUACCAUUAUUGUUGUUAUUGGAUGAAGUGUUUGAUCUGAAAAGUCAACAUUUCUGGCUUCGUAGAAGAAUAAUCGAAUUAUUCAAACAGAUUGUUGAGGUAGCAUUUUCCGAUACUAUCAACAAGAAAAUGAUCGAUCAUAUCAACGAAUCAACUUCUACGGCCAAUCUAUGCGUUUACAUUGAUUCAUUCAAAAAUCUUUUCUGGCCUGACGGAACUUUAGCUCGAUCAUCGACGAGAAAAAAAGAAAAUUGUCUACGACGUAAAGUUGCUGCCAAAGCAUUGAUCAUGACAUCCUUGUCGGAUCUUCGACGAGUAGUCGGUGCCGAUACAUUGCAGUCGGGUUUGAUUUCAUUUUUUGAAUUAUUCCAAAACAAAACACUUAAUCUACGAUUGGUUUUUGUUCUUAUUGAAUUGAUACUCAAAGAAUUAUUACCUGAUGGCAAUUGGGAUCCAAUAUUCAUACGUUUAUAUAGCUCAUUCGAUGAUGAUCACCAUUCUACAACUGAUAGUAUUGAUUAUAAAUGGCCACCAUAUUUACAGGAAAUGUCACUGUAAUAUAUUCAAAAAAUAAAAAUAAUAUAAAAGGCACCCUUUUCUAUUA